AUGCUGGCUGACUGCGGCGUCGUUUUUCUCGGCACACCAAAGCAUGGCGGGAGGGAGGAAGCUGGCGAGGGGAGAGGAGGGGAGAAGCGGGGGGAGCAUGCGCACCUGCUGGAAGGCAGAGGCACUCCGCUGUUCUUCGGCCAGCCGGAAGAGAACAAGGAGCGAGGCGCGAGGAGAAAACGGAAGGCGCCAGGACAGCUGGUUCGGUACAGUGACGAAGUUAUCAGUUCCUGGCAAGUCUUCACCUUGUUGUCGGGCACGGUGUUCACCUCCCGACGACUUUGGUCGGCCGUGCUUCUCUACUGGAUCCUUGCGCUUAUGAUCUGCCUUCUCAUUCUCCACUUGGAAUCUGAGGCGUCGCAUCUUCAGUAUACGUCCUUCAAAGCCCUCGUGGACUAUCUGUCUACCUUGAUUGGCUUUCUUCUGGGCAUGUACGUCUCCAACUCGCUUUCGCGGUGGUGGUCCCUGCGGAUGCACAUUGACCAUCUGUGGGGUUGUGUCGACGACCUCUGCAUGCUCGCUUGCUCACACGUUCUCGACGACAAUGAGAACGUCGAGUUAUCGACCGGAGUUCUGCUUCCUCCUGUCCCCUCCGUGUCGCCGCUUUCGGAUCGCUGGCCAAGACAGCCAAGCGACGAGUGCGGAGAAGAGCCAGAGGCGAGGACCUGUGGGAAGAGCGACAGACGCGCCCCUGAGCCUUCUGCGCCCGAGAGAUGGAGAGGCGAAGAAGACGCAGGACGCGGAAGAAAGAAGGCGGAGGAAAACGGUGAGGAGCGGAAUACCGGAGGAGCCGGCCUAGAUGGCGGGCAGAGCCGACAAGCGAUGACCCGUGGGAACGGUGAGGAGAGAGGCAGACUCGAAAAGGAGAGAAAGCAAGAGAGCGCAGACGAAAGACGCGUCCUCACGUUGCAUCUCGAAGAAGACGAGGAGCGACGGUUGCUGACCAAGUCCAAUGUCCUGCGCCUGAUUCUCCGUCUCGGGAUGGUCACCAUGAACCUCACCUUUGAUGCAGCCGAACGGGAAAACGGCGACCUCACCUACCUUCAAAACGCGGGGCUUCUAGAUGAGCAAGAGAUCCGCCUCCUUCAGCCAGCGCCGUCGAAAGCGCAAGUCGUCUGGGUUUGGCUGUCCCAGCUUAGCUCGCUCCUCGCCAAGCGCGGGCGGCUUCUAUUCGCGGCAAACACCACGCGAAAGUGGCACGAAAUCUGCGCGAGGGGUCGCGGCGAAGUGGCGGCGUGCUGGGCCUUCGUAGAGACGCAACUUCCCUUCUCCUACGUCCACCUCUUGUCGCUUUUAGUGCACAUCAACAACCUGUUUCUCUCCAUCCUUACAGGGGUGGGGGCGGCUGCAUGCGUCAGCCAGCUAGCAGAGGCGUACGAGGCACGCGCCACAUGGUUUGCGCCUCCACCUCUCAUCGGGGGCCCUCCAAUUCUCGCGACGAGUGUCGCCACUUCGCCGCCUGGACAGGCCGGGGCGGGGCUCUCGGGAAGGAGCCAGGCGAGCGUGAGAGUCGCAGGCGACGGAGGCGGACGGCUCCUGCCUAUGCAGCGCACGGCUGUGUGGGAAGUCGCCCAGAUGCUGCUCAUGCAUCUCAUGCUGCUUAUCGUGAUCCCGAUUUUUUACCACGGCAUGAUCAACCUUGCUCAGACUAUUGGGCACCCUUUCGGCUACAAGUCCGUCGCCUUCCCCAAGGACCUCUACGUUCACCGCAUGGAGGCCGAAUGCUCGUCAUUUUUCACCGUCGGGCAAGCUGGGCCACCUCUCUUCCACGCAGAGUCGUAUCCUUCAUCAGUCGCAUGCUCCCCUUCCUCAGCGGCCCGUACACCCUGCAAAGCAAGCUUUUGGUCUUCGAUGGGAAACUUUCUUGCAGGUCGGAGGGGGGCCAGAGUUGCCACGGAUGGCAAGAUUGAGGCAGGCGGCCUGGAAUGA